AUGGCGCGUUGUCGCGGCGACAGGCUCGGCAGCCCAGCCGCGCUGCGCUUCCAGCGCCUCCCGUCCAUCUGGAGAGAUCUUUCCGCAUGUUCUUCCCCAUGGGCGCUUUCCGCCGCCCCCCAGAAAAGGGCUUUGCGCCCCGCGCGGGGACGAACCCCUCCCACGCCGGCGCUCCGCAGCGCCGAAGCGGUGAUAUGCGCAACGCUGUCGGCGCGUUUGGCGGCGACGAUCGCUCUCCUGCUCGUCGCCGGCAUGUGCGGCGGCUUCUGCGGCUGCGCUAGCGCCGUCGCCGUCAACCGUAACGACUGUAAAAAGCGCGCUCCUCCUCCGCACUCCCUUCCCUCCCCGAUUCUCCUUUCCUCCAUACUCCUCCCGUCCCCCUCCCGCUCCCUCCUCCCCUUCCCGCCGUUCCUCCCCGUUCUCCCCCAUUCCGCGCCCGCCGCAACGAACGCAUCCGCGCACCUGCGCCCGCCGAACCCCCACCCCACUCCCCCCAGAGGCUCUCGCUGCGCGCUGACCUCAGGGCCGCGCUGCUCUCUGGGCGCCGAACUGAACUUCACCACGCCCGCCUCGCGCACGCCCAAGCCGCUCUGUUCUUCCCGCACCCCUAACCCCCCCCUUCCCCCUUUUUCCCCAGGGGCGGCGCUGCUGUCACUGCGCGCCGAGCUCAACUUCACAUUGCCAGCCCCGUGCACGCCCAAUGCACUCUGUCCCUUCCUUGUUCCCUCCCCUCCUUUCCCCCUCUUCCCUCUCCCCCCGUGCUCCCCAGGGGCGGCGCUGCUGUCACUGCGCGCCGAGCUCAACUUCACCGUGCCUGCAUCACGCACGCCCAAGGGGCUGUGGGCGUCGCGGGCGAGUUGCGAUGACCUGUACGGGGUGCGGUGUGACGACCAGGGCAGCGUUACCUCCCUGCGUUGUGGGCAUGGAGGGGGAUCUGUGAUGACCUGUACGGCGUGCGCUGCGAUGAGUACGGUAGCGUCACCUCCCUGUGAGUGCUGCUCUCAUCUCACUCUCGUGCUCUGUUUCACUGCGUUGUGGGCAUGGAGGGGGAUCUGUGAUGACCUGUAUGGCGUGCGCUGCGAUGAGUACGGCAGCGUCACCUCCCUGCGUUGUGGGCAUGGAGGGGGAUCUGUGAUGACCUGUAUGGCGUGCGCUGCGAUGAGUACGGCAGCGUCACCUCCCUGUGAGUGCUGCUCUCAUCCCACUCUCGUGCUCUGUUUCACUGCGUUGUGGGCAUGGAGGGGGAUCUGUGAUGACCUGUAUGGCGUGCGCUGCGAUGAGUACGGCAGCGUCACCUCCCUGCGCUGUGGGCAUGGAGGGGGAUCUGUGACGACCUGUAUGGGCAUGGAGACGCACACACACAUGUUUGUGUUUCCCUAUGUGCAGCCCCUCUCCCCGCCCUCUCUCUUCCCGUUCCCCUCUCCACCCUCUCUCUCCUCCCCCCACACCCUCCCUUCCCAUUCCCCGACCACCUCCGCCCUUUCUCUCCCCCCACCAGUCUCCUAUACAGCGUCACAGGCACGCUUCCCUCUGCAAUCGGCAACCUCACUGCCCUCACCACACUGUGAGUUUGCCGUUUCACCGCUCUGCACCGCACUGCCUCUCCCUUUAGUCCUCUGCUGCGUGAUCUCCAGUUGCCCGUUGCCACUACCCCCUUCAGCCCACUCCUCCCAUCCCCUUCGUCUUUAUCUCUCCUCAUUCAACCCCCGAUCAUCUCUCCAUCAUCGUCCGUCUCAUCCAACCUCUCGUGCCCGCUCCCACCCACCAUGGCCACUCUCACCUCUCUGGUCCGUCUCAUCCAACCUCUCCUGCCCGCUCCCACCCACCCUAGCCACCCUCACCGCUCUGGUCAAUCUGCAUCUCGGCCGCAACAACCUCUCCUGCUCGCUUCCUCCCUGGCUCACCACGCUCACGCAGCUCAAGAUUCUGAGCAUAGAGUGGAACAAGCUCACGGGCAGCAUCCCUGCUGGCAUCUCCGCACUCUCCUCUCUCUCCGCACUGCGAGCGGACUACAACCUUCUCACCGGCUCCAUUCCGGCUGGUAUCGGCAAGCUCACUAACCUAACCCAACUGGAUCUCUCCCGCAACCUCCUCUCAGGCUCCAUCCCUGAAGGCAUCUCUUCUUUGCAAGAACUCUCCUCGCUGCUACUCAACGGCAUUUCCUUCCAAGGGCCCAUCCCAUCCGCCCUCUCCUCUCUCACCUCUCUCUACGAAAUAGACCUGUCGGCCAAUCAGCUGUCGGGAACCCUCCCUCCCAUCUUCACCAGCGCCAUGCCUGACGUCAGCAUCAUCUCCCCUCCCUCUCUGUCCUUGAUCCCCCAUUCUCGUCCCUUCCCCCCAUCCGCUUGUCAGAACCAGUUGCAUGGCCUCCUGCCACCGUCACCGGCGACUUGCUCUGCUCUCUACUCACAUGGGCGUUUUUUUACAGCGAGCAUGCAUGUCAUGCCCUCUCUCUGUCCAUCUUCCGUAUCCCCCCUCCCUUCCCUCCAGCCGUUUGAGUCAGAACCAGUUACAUGGCUUCUUGCCAACGUCACUUGCAACCUGCUCUCUGCUGCACACGCUGUGAGUGCUUCUCUCAACUAUCCAGGCGUGAAUGCACCGCACCGCCUCUCUCUGCGUGUUCUUCUCACCUCCAACUGUGACUGUCUUACCCUCUUUCUUACCCUCCCCACUUUCCCUCGUCUUCCCUCCCUCCCACCCGUUCACAUCACACCAUCUGUUACACUCCCCCCCAUGCUUUCCUGCCCCCUCUCCCUUUCCCCCAUGAUCGCCAGUGACAUUGCUGCGAAUGCCUUCACGGCAACCUAUCGCACAACUACUUCACGGGUCUCCUCCCAUCGCUCCCCUCCGCCACAUCUCUCCUCAAGCGCCACAUCUUCACGGGUCCUCUCUCUCGACCUCUCCUCCAACUUCUUCUUCGGUCCCGCCGUUCCCCUCGAUGCCUCCGGCGCCCCCAUCUGCCCCUCGCUCUCCCUCACCGUCCGCACCGCCUAUAAUUGCCUCACCUUUGACGCUUCCGUCUGCGAUGCUGGUGGUGCUGGUGAUGGAGCUGUUGCAACGAGAAGCGUGGAUAUGAUGAGCAGCAGCGGUAGUGGUGGUGGUGGUGAUGGUGGGGUCUUGUUUGGACACAAAGAGAGGGCCGAGCUUCUAGGGCGUGAAGAGGAGAAGAGGGAACGGCAGCCAGGGUCUAGCGCUGAUGCCCCCACUGCUCAUCUGGUAGCGACUCUUGAGGCGCCUCAGCGGCAGCAGCAUGCUCAGGCCACCACUGCUGACCUUGAAGCUUCCUCUCCUCAUGUCCGCUCCUCCCUGCCAUCGUAUGAAGAGCAAUUGCGCGCCGCUUUUCUCGGGCACAGGGAGAGAGCGGAGAUGGUAGGGCGUGAGGAGAAGGAGCAGCAGAAGCAGCAGGCAGCACCUUCUGAGGCGCAUGAGGUGGAGAUGACCUCUGGUGCUGCCACUGCUGACCAUCUCGCCUCACAAGAAGACGAAGGAAGGCUAGACUUCCCAGGGAAGAGGGAGAGGGCGGAGAUGCUGGGCCGUGGAGAGAAGGAGCAGCAGGAGCAGCAGGCAGUACGAGGUGAGGAGUAUCAGGGGGAGAUAGCCUGUGGUGGCGACCUUGUCCAUGCAGCCACCCACGAUGAUGAGAAUAGGGCUGCUUUUUCCGGGCACAGGGAGAGAGCAGAGAUGGUAGGGCGUGAGGAGAAGGAGCAGCAGAAGCAACAGGCAGCUUUUGAGGCGCCUCAAAAGGAGAAGGAGCAGCAGGCAGAGCUGUCGGUGGUACCAGAGGAGCAGAGCUCUGGUGCUGUGCUCGGUCCGGCAUUCCAUGAUGGUGAAAAGCGGGCUGCCGUUUUGAAACAUGGACACGGCCACGACCAUGCUUUGCAUGCAUCUCAUGUGCUGCCCUCUGAUGAAGAGGUGACUUUUGUCGAGUCCAUUCAACAGUCACCUCGUUUUUCCGGGCAUCUCCACGCCCAUGCGCCAUCUGAUGAAGAUGAAGCACCGCUGGCGGCAGCUGUGGGGAAGCACAAAGAGAAGGACGAGGAGGAGAUUGUGGGCCAUAGACGCCGCUCCGUUCACCUGCCCACGCACGCCCAUGUGUCGCAUGUGCAUGUGCCGUCCCAUCACGUCGACACACUGCUGUCGUCGUGGCACAGAGAGAGGGCGGAGGAGGUUGUGGGGCACAGGAGACGGCGGAAACGAGAGCACGUGGAUCCCCCUUCCGAUGCGGCUCUCAGGCCUGCUCCCGCCCUCGCCCAUCCGGCUUCCCUUGUAGAUGACGAGGAGGAGGGUUCGUUGAGACACAGAGAGAGGAUGGAGUCUGUGGGGCAUGAGAGGAAUCAAAGGGCUUCUGCUCCUGCCCUCGCCUAUCUGGCUCCUGCUGGCAAUGAGGGGGAAGAGGGCUUGUGGAGACACCAAGAGAGGAUGAGCCUGCUAGGGCAUGGGGGGAAGCGGAGGAAGCAACAGAGGGGGGUGCAGUUAGAGGGGGUGAGACUAGAGGGGAUGCGGGAGGGGAGGAUGGUGGGAAGGGGAGUGGGAGGGGGGAGGCGGACAGGGGGCAAGUGGAUCAACCACAGCAUGGGGAAUGAGCUGCUGGGUCCCAUGGGGCGAGGGGGAGGCAGCAGCAGGCAACGCAGCAGACGAGGCAGGGGAGGAGAGAGGGUGCUGUGUAGAGAUGGAUCGCUCACCGGGGCUUACAGUGGGGUUCUCAACUCCCAAUGUGGAAAUGGUGCUGGGACGUGCCUGGCUACUGUCACGUACCCUCCUCCCCCUCCUGCGGUGACUGUAGGGGGCGCUGGUGCGGGGAAAAGGGCGGGGGCGGGGGGGAAGCAGCAGGGGCAGGGGCAGGGGCAGCAGGCGCAGGUGGUGUUUGGGUGCGUGUGCCCUUCCUCACGAUACGUGCUGUCUGCAAAUCGCAUGGCAUGCACUCUGAAAGCAAGCCCAUCGCCACCCCCCCAGCCACCUUCCCCCCCUUCCCCUCCUUCUCCUCCACCCUCCCCACCCUUUCCCCCUCCAUCCCCACCCUCUCCACCAUCCCCACCUUCCCCACCCUCCUCACCUUCCCCAUCCUCCCCUCCUCCUCCCACCCCCACCCCUCUAGCGCCUCCCACUCCAUCCCCUCCUUCCCUUCCGCCCUCCCUCACUUUCUCUCCUCCUCCGCCUCUCUCACCUCCCCCACCAUCCCCCCCCUCCCUCCCCUCCGCCACACCCACUCCCCCUUCGCCUGCUCAAUCCCAGGACCCCCCAUCACCUCCGCCUCCACCCUCCCCUCCCCCCCUCCCUCCCGGAGCAACAGCUGCAGCAACUCCUCCCGUUCCUCCUCCACCCUUCCCCCCAUCACCUCCCCUCGUUGCCUCCCCUCCCCUCUCUGCCUCACCUCCCCUCUCUGCCUCCCCUCCCCUCUCUGCCUCCCCUCCCUUCUCCCCUCCCCUGCCACCAUCUCUACCACUCCCACCCUCCCCUCCCAACACGCCCAUUGCACCACCCGCCCUCGCUCCUAUCUCACCCCCCUCUCUCGCUCCUAUCUCACCCCCCUCCCUUGCUCCUAACUCACCACCCUCCCCACAUUCUCCUCCUCUCCUUCCCCCCUCUCCUCCUGAAGCAGAAACUUCUCCGCUCUUCCCCCCUCCCUCACCCCCAUCACCUCCCCACUCUGCCUCCCCUCCCCACUCUACCUCCCCACCCCACUCUGCCUCAGCUCCCCUAUCCUCUCCCCCACCACCUUCACCAGCACUCCCACCCUCCCCUCGUAUCAUUCCGAAUACAUCACCCUCCCCACCUUCUCCUCCUCUCUCUCAGUCUCCUCCCAUCCCCCCAUCACUAUCACCCCUACCUUCCCCCACCAACUCUCCGGAUACACCACCCUCCCUCCCUCCUCUCUCUCCCCCCUCGCUUCCUGAAGCAACAACGCCUCCCUUCCCCCCACCUCCCUUCCCCCCAUCACCUCCCCUUUCUGACUCACCUCCCCUGUCCACUCCCCCACCACCAUCACCCCCACCCUCCCCUCCCACCUCUCCCGAUACAUCACCCUCUCUUCCUCUUCUCCCUCCCCCCUCCCCUCCUGAAGAAACUCCUGCGUUUCCCUCCCCCCCUUUCCCCCCUUCCCCCCCAUCCCCCCCUCUUUCUGCCUCGUUUUUCAUGUCCCCUCUCACCCAAUCACCUCCUCCCUCACCUCCCCACCCACCACCCUUCCCCCCUCCUUAUCCUCCUCCCUCACCUCCCGAUUCCCCACCCUUCCCCCCUCCCUAUCCCACUCCCUCCCCACCCGACCCACCACCCUCCCCCCCUCCCCUUCCUCCUCCCUCCCCUCCACAACCUCCACCCUCCCCUCCUCCUCUCCCUCCCCCCUCCCCUCCACAACCACCACCCUCCCCUCCUCCUCUCCCUCCCCCAUCUCCUCCCCAACCACCACCCUCUCCCCCUCCUCAACCACCACCCUCCCCGCCGCCUCCUCUUGCUCCGCCUGUUAUGCUUACCCGAUGGGAGUGCUUCUACCAAAACCGAGAUACAGGGUGUUCCUCUACAGGAGGCGGCAUUUUUAAGGCAGUUCUGAGUGGCUUCACAGAAGCUACAGGGCAGCGAUGGGACCGAGCCAGUGAGGAAGUUGCUGGGAGUGGAGAAGGAAAAGAGAGGGGAAAGGAAACCAGUGAGGUGGUCAUGGGGAAGGAGCGGGGAAGGGAUGGAGUGGGUAUAGAGAGGGACUCACAGGCUGGUGAGGCUGGGGAGGUCGAGCAGGUGGAACCACAACAGGUGUUUCAAGCAGGUGCAACCACAACAGGUGUUUCAAGCAGGUGCAACCACAACAGGUGUUUCAAGCAGGUGCAACCACAACAGGUGUUUCAAGCAGGUGCAACCACAACAGGUGUUUCAAGCAGGUGCAACCACAACAGGUGUUUCAAGCAGGUGCAACCACAACAGGUGUUUCAAGCAGGUGCAACCACAACAGGUGUUUCAAGCAGGUGCAACCACAACAGGUGUUUCAAGCAGGUGCAACCACAACAGGUGUUUCAAGCAGGUGCAACCACAACAGGUGUUUCAAGCAGGUGCAACCACAACAGGUGUUUCAAGCAGGUGCAACCACAACAGGUGUUUCAAGCAGGUGCAACCACAACAGGUGUUUCAAGCAGGUGCAACCACAACAGGUGUUUCAAGCAGGUGCAACCACAACAGGUGUUUCAAGCAGGUGCAACCACAACAGGUGUUUCAAGCAGGUGCAACCACAACAGGUGUUUCAAGCAGGUGCAACCACAACAGGUGUUUCAAGCAGGUGCAACCACAACAGGUGUUUCAAGCAGGUGCAACCACAACAGGUGUUUCAAGCAGGUGCAACCACAACAGGUGUUUCAAGCAGGUGCAACCACAACAGGUGUUUCAAGCAGGUGCAACCACAACAGGUGUUUCAAGCAGGUGCAACCACAACAGGUGUUUCAAGCAGGUGCAACCACAACAGGUGUUUCAUUUCAAGCAGGUGGAACCACAACAGGUGUUUCAAGCAGGUGCAACCACAACAGGUGUUUCAAGCAGGUGCAACCACAACAGGUGUUUCAAGCAGGUGCAACCACAACAGGUGUUUCAAGCAGGUGCAACCACAACAGGUGUUUCAAGCAGGUGCAACCACAACAGGUGUUUCAAGCAGGUGCAACCACAACAGGUGUUUCAAGCAGGUGCAACCACAACAGGUGUUUCAAGCAGGUGCAACCACAACAGGUGUUUCAAGCAGGUGCAACCACAACAGGUGUUUCAAGCAGGUGCAACCACAACAGGUGUUUCAAGCAGGUGCAACCACAACAGGUGUUUCAAGCAGGUGCAACCACAACAGGUGUUUCAAGCAGGUGCAACCACAACAGGUGUUUCAAGCAGGUGCAACCACAACAGGUGUUUCAAGCAGGUGCAACCACAACAGGUGUUUCAAGCAGGUGCAACCACAACAGGUGUUUCAAGCAGGUGCAACCACAACAGGUGUUUCAAGCAGGUGCAACCACAACAGGUGUUUCAAGCAGGUGCAACCACAACAGGUGUUUCAAGCAGGUGCAACCACAACAGGUGUUUCAAGCAGGUGCAACCACAACAGGUGUUUCAAGCAGGUGCAACCACAACAGGUGUUUCAAGCAGGUGCAACCACAACAGGUGUUUCAAGCAGGUGCAACCACAACAGGUGUUUCAAGCAGGUGCAACCACAACAGGUGUUUCAAGCAGGUGCAACCACAACAGGUGUUUCAAGCAGGUGCAACCACAACAGGUGUUUCAAGCAGGUGCAACCACAACAGGUGUUUCAAGCAGGUGCAACCACAACAGGUGUUUCAAGCAGGUGCAACCACAACAGGUGUUUCAAGCAGGUGCAACCACAACAGGUGUUUCAAGCAGGUGCAACCACAACAGGUGUUUCAAGCAGGUGCAACCACAACAGGUGUUUCAAGCAGGUGCAACCACAACAGGUGUUUCAAGCAGGUGCAACCACAACAGGUGUUUCAAGCAGGUGCAACCACAACAGGUGUUUCAAGCAGGUGCAACCACAACAGGUGUUUCAAGCAGGUGCAACCACAACAGGUGUUUCAAGCAGGUGCAACCACAACAGGUGUUUCAAGCAGGUGCAACCACAACAGGUGUUUCAAGCAGGUGCAACCACAACAGGUGUUUCAAGCAGGUGCAACCACAACAGGUGUUUCAAGCAGGUGCAACCACAACAGGUGUUUCAAGCAGGUGCAACCACAACAGGUGUUUCAAGCAGGUGCAACCACAACAGGUGUUUCAAGCAGGUGCAACCACAACAGGUGUUUCAAGCAGGUGCAACCACAACAGGUGUUUCAAGCAGGUGCAACCACAACAGGUGUUUCAAGCAGGUGCAACCACAACAGGUGUUUCAAGCAGGUGCAACCACAACAGGUGUUUCAAGCAGGUGCAACCACAACAGGUGUUUCAAGCAGGUGCAACCACAACAGGUGUUUCAAGCAGGUGCAACCACAACAGGUGUUUCAAGCAGGUGCAACCACAACAGGUGUUUCAAGCAGGUGCAACCACAACAGGUGUUUCAAGCAGGUGCAACCACAACAGGUGUUUCAAGCAGGUGCAACCACAACAGGUGUUUCAAGCAGGUGCAACCACAACAGGUGUUUCAAGCAGGUGCAACCACAACAGGUGUUUCAAGCAGGUGCAACCACAACAGGUGUUUCAAGCAGGUGCAACCACAACAGGUGUUUCAAGCAGGUGCAACCACAACAGGUGUUUCAAGCAGGUGCAACCACAACAGGUGUUUCAAGCAGGUGCAACCACAACAGGUGUUUCAAGCAGGUGCAACCACAACAGGUGUUUCAAGCAGGUGCAACCACAACAGGUGUUUCAAGCAGGUGCAACCACAACAGGUGUUUCAAGCAGGUGCAACCACAACAGGUGUUUCAAGCAGGUGCAACCACAACAGGUGUUUCAAGCAGGUGCAACCACAACAGGUGUUUCAAGCAGGUGCAACCACAACAGGUGUUUCAAGCAGGUGCAACCACAACAGGUGUUUCAAGCAGGUGCAACCACAACAGGUGUUUCAAGCAGGUGCAACCACAACAGGUGUUUCAAGCAGGUGCAACCACAACAGGUGUUUCAAGCAGGUGCAACCACAACAGGUGUUUCAAGCAGGUGCAACCACAACAGGUGUUUCAAGCAGGUGCAACCACAACAGGUGUUUCAAGCAGGUGCAACCACAACAGGUGUUUCAAGCAGGUGCAACCACAACAGGUGUUUCAAGCAGGUGCAACCACAACAGGUGUUUCAAGCAGGUGCAACCACAACAGGUGUUUCAAGCAGGUGCAACCACAACAGGUGUUUCAAGCAGGUGCAACCACAACAGGUGUUUCAAGCAGGUGCAACCACAACAGGUGUUUCAAGCAGGUGCAACCACAACAGGUGUUUCAAGCAGGUGCAACCACAACAGGUGUUUCAAGCAGGUGCAACCACAACAGGUGUUUCAAGCAGGUGCAACCACAACAGGUGUUUCAAGAGGUGCAACCACAACAGGUGUUUCAAGCAGGUGCAACCACAACAGGUGUUUCAAGCAGGUGCAACCACAACAGGUGUUUCAAGCAGGUGCAACCACAACAGGUGUUUCAAGAAGGUGCAACCACAACAGGUGUUUCAAGCAGGUGCAACCACAACAGGUGUUUCAAGCAGGUGCAACCACAACAGGUGUUUCAAGCAGGUGCAACCACAACAGGUGUUUCAAGCAGGUGCAACCACAACAGGUGUUUCAAGCAGGUGCAACCACAACAGGUGUUUCAAGCAGGUGCAACCACAACAGGUGUUUCAAGCAGGUGCAACCACAACAGGUGUUUCAAGCAGGUGGAACCACAACAGGGGUUUCAAGCAGGUGCAACCACAACAGGGGUUUCAAGCCUCUCCACCCCCACUCCCCUCCUCCACAUAGCACAACCAGCACACGCAUCUGUGCACUGCAUGCCCAGCACGGCUUGA